AUGGAACUUGAAGAAGAUGAUAUUCCUGUCAUAAUUUUGGAUCCGGGCACAUGGAUGAUAAAAAUUGGAUUUGCGAACGACGACCUGCCUACACUUCAAAUACCUUGUUUAUAUUUAGAAAAAGAACUAGCAAACUCGAGAGUUGUAAAAUUCGGUGUAGAUGCUGUCGAAGACUACAUGUUAAUAAAAUAUGGAGGCGCUAAAUCAGAUAAAGAAAAAGAGAAAACGCCGGAUAUCUACAGCGAAUUAGUAAGUAUGAAAAUGACAUUUGCUGACCCUCGCCAUCCUUUGAGCAAUAACGAUUUCGCUCAUUUAUUGGAAUUAUAUAACCAUCUCAUAAAGCAACUAAAUAUAAGUACAAGCGACUACAGUUUACUUGUCGCAAUUCCCGAAGCGGUUGAAAAAUUAUAUAUAUCAAAUUUGUUAAAUUGGGCAUUCAAGAACCAUAACUUCAUUUCCAUAUCUUUUAUUUACAACUCCCUCGCAGCUGCUUACUAUUAUGGACUUAAGACAGCCAUUGUUAUCGACUUGGGGGAAAACGGAAGCAGAAUUACCCCCAUUGCAGAAAACCAUGGUGCAUUUCUAGAGAGUGCAAGAAAUAGCGAAAUUGGUGGACACUUAAUAAGUAAAUACAUUUCCAAUUUUGUAAAAAUAAACGAUAAUUAUAUUGACUAUAUACUAGUUCAGAAUUAUAAAGAAUUAAAUAGUUAUGUAAGUCUUAACAUAGAUAGAAACAUAAAAAUAGCUACAGAUUGCAAUGGGUUAAAUAAGCCAUAUAAAAUUCCAUAUACUAAUUUAUAUAUAGAUCCUAAGGCAGAAGUAUUAUGUCAUGAAAUUUAUUUUCAGCCUGAAUUUUUAGCACAUUUGCCAGGAAAUUUUUAUAAACAAAAUAUAAUAUCAUUAAGUCAUUUAGUAUUUGAAUCUGUUUGUUCUUGUCCUAUGGACUUAAGAAAACAAAUCUUAAAUAACAUAGUGUUAGUUGGAGGAGUAUCUAAUUGUAUCAAUAUACGUGAAAGACUCCACAAGGAAAUGAAGCACAUCUUAAGACUUAAAAAUUAUAGUGAAAACACAAAAAUUUACAUAAAACAUAUGAGAAUGUCAGACAUUGCCUCUUAUUUGGGCUGUAAAAAAUAUGGAAAAAUCCUCUACUUCAAUAAAAAAAAAUGGGUAACUAGACAGGAAUAUUAUACAUUAGCUAAAAAUCAGGUCAUGCAAAAGCUCUUGAUGUGGGCCAACGUUCUAUAG